AUGGUGGAUGCAGCUUUCAGUCCAGAUGGCUGGAGGAGGUUAAAUGUGGAUCCACAUACUCUUCCGCUGCCUUCGAUUCCAAGAUUUGCUCUGGCAUCCACUUCAUUUCGACAUUGUCUGACACCGGACAUCACCGUCUACACAGCCAAUACUAGCCAGCCGGAGGACCAACUGCCACUUGGUCGAACUUUGUACGAGCUCGGAUUCCAGAGAACCCUAGGACCCCGACACAAGGCGCCCGAAGUUCUGCUCUACUACCUCCCGAAAGGUCCACUACCUCCGUUAAUCCGAUUGCACUCAACCCUCGAGGAUCCACCAUGUCAUCGUCUGAUGGAAGCAAUAUCUGCCUGUCCCCUCAUCUGGGACUCAACUUCGUCCGGUGUCCGAGCCACCAUCAUUUUGGCCAACGACAAGAAUGUGAUGUACCGCCCAGGUGUACGGGCCCUGGAUACUUGUCCCAAGGUUGAAGAAGAAGACGAAAAAGAAGAGGAAGAAGAGACUGGCAAAGGCGGGGUGGACCACUCCUGUAUUGACUAUGAGUAUCAUCACUCUGAUCGAGUGGCUGAUCAGAGCAGCUUCAACUCCAAACAACACCGUUCUGAAUACUUGGGCUUGAACCCCUCUCAAAAAGAUAUACAAUCAGUUGGAUUGAACCGGAUCAACGCGACCGAUCCAUUAGAUGCAAACCUGGCAGCUCGAGUUGCUGAUAUGCUGAACAUCCUCUGA